GACACCAAAGAACAGCACUCCGGUCAACGAAUUCUACGUUUUGAGGCCAAUAUUCCGCCCGUGUUGAGCCGCAAAACAUCUUGGUCGUUGAAUUUGCUCCCUAGAGAGGACUAGCGUUCAAGCUAUGACCACAUCUUAUUGGUCCUAGAGCAAGCUUCAAGGUCACGUUCAGGCAGGCAAACAUCAACAACUUCGACCCAAUGCUGGGAGAGACAUGAUCAAAAGCUCUUCCAGAUGGCGAACCCGACCGCAGAUUGGGAGAAGGUUGGGGACAAGUUCUACAGAAAGAUACAGCUUUACACCGCUGUUUUUGACCAGGAUCUGGAACUAGAAAACUACAUCGUCACUGGCUGUUCGUAUGGGGGAGCUAUCGCUCUUUAUCGAGACGAGUCCAAAUUACAUUCUUUCAGAGGAUCUCAAGCAUCAAAAUCCAGCAUCGACCUCUACAGCUGUGCGGGGAAGCUCUUAAAGAGUCUCAACUGGGACAAGGGCUCUAUCAAGGGUCUUGGGUGGUCGGAAGAUGAGCAGCUCAUCGUAGUGACGGCGGACGGGACAGUCAGAUGUUAUUAUGAUUUGCAAGGAGAUUUCACCCAGUUUUCUCUUGGGAAUGGAGCAGAAGAAUAUGGUGUCAGUGCUUGCAAAUUUUAUGGCACCGGAUUCGUGGCUCUGCUCACAAAUAAUCAUCUGAUAUCUGUUGCCAGAUAUGAGGAGCCUCGCCCAAAACUGCUUGCCGAGCCACCUGAGGGAGAUGUGCACUCUUGGACGCUGAUUCCUCCUGCAUACACGCUUUCACGUUCAGUUGAAGUGUUAUUAAGUAUCGGCCAGACAAUCCAUGUCGUUGAUGCAUCCGAGUCAGAAGAUCGCAUGCUAGAUAUUGGCCCUUUCACUCAUAUCAGUGUCUCGCCAAACGGAAAGUUUGCGGCGCUGUACACAGAAACUGGUAGAGCAUAUGUCAUCACAAGCGAUUUUCAAAGCAGGUUGAGCGAACAUGAUUCAAGGUCACGGAUAGCACCUAAAGAUGUGCAAUGGUGCGGCAAUGAUGCAGUGGUCAUUGCUUGGGAAGACGAAGUCCAUCUAAUUGGACCGAACAAUGCUGCAGCUAAAUAUUUCUAUGAGGGAAGAGUGCAUCUCAUUGCUGAUCACGAUGGAGUACGGUUGAUCACCAAUGAUGUCUGUGAUUUCCUACAAAAGGUGCCUGAGGUGACUGACGAAGUGUUCCGAUUUGGCACCGAGUCACCAGCAUCAAUUCUACUCGAUGCAGUUGAGCAGCUUGAAAAUCAGUCGCCAAAAGCUGAUGACAACAUUCAGCUUAUUCGGCCGAAUUUGGUAGAAGCCGUGGAUACUUGUGUCAAAGCAGCAGGAUGCGAAUUCAGCAUUCAUUGGCAAAAGCAAUUGCUAAAAGCAGCAUCUUUCGGCAAGUCUGUUCUCGACAUAUACAAUAGUGAUGAUUUCGUGGAUAUGUGUGAAACACUACGGGUUCUGAACGCUGUUCGAUUCUAUGAAGUUGGUCUGCCACUAUCCUACGAACAAUUCCUCCGCCUCACACCGGAAAAGCUUGUCCGGCGUCUCAUCAAUCGUCGAGAGUAUCUUCUUGCCAUCCGGAUAUCAUCUUACCUGCGCCUCCCAACAGACCGGAUCUACGUUCAUUGGGCUUCACAAAAAGUGCGUGUUGGCUCAGAAGAUGAGGACACAAUUUGCCGUCUCAUCGUAGAAAAGCUCGCCGGGAAAAGAGGCAUCUCAUUCGAAGAAAUAGCAAGAGCGGCUUAUGAUGAAGGUCGAGGACGUCUUGCUACCGAGCUCCUAAACCAUGAGCCACGAGCCGGAAAACAAGUCCCUCUCCUUCUUAACAUGGAAGAAGAUGAAAUAGCACUUGACAAAGCCAUCGAAAGCGGAGACUCUGACCUUGUAUUCUUCGUCCUUUUGCAUCUCAAGAAGAAGCUCCCUCUCGCCUCUUUUUUCCGCGUGAUUAACACACGCCCGGUAGCUACAGCCCUCAUCGAGUCCUCCGCACAAGAAGACGACUCUGAACUUCUGAAAGAUCUUUACUACCAAGACGAUCGCCGAGUAGACGGUGCCAACGUCUUCAUACGAGAAGCCUUGAAACAGCCUGAUUCGAAGACAGCAUCGGACAAAUUGGCUCUAGCAGGGAAACUUCUGACUGAUUCGAAAGAUACGGCCUUUGAGCUCAAAGCUCUCCACGAAACAGCAACACUGCUCAAAAUGCAAGAUGCCUUCGAUCGAGAUCUGACUGAAACUUUCACCGGACUAAGUGUGAACGAGACGAUGUUCAAGCUGAUCAGAUUAGGAUACGGAAGCCGAGCUAAGAAAGUGCAAAGCGAGUUCAAAGUUCCUGAGAAGACUGCUUGGUGGAUCAGACUUCGAGCAUUAGUAGCCAAGCGGGACUGGAACGAGUUAGAAGAGUGGUCUAAGACUCGAAAAUCCCCAAUUGGUUGGGAGCCAUUCUUUGCACUUAUCCUCUCAGCUGGAAACCCCAAACUCGCCAGCAUCUUCAUACCCAAAGCCGCACCUUCUCUGCAACCUGGCGAGACGAUCGGCAUGUACGAGAAAUGCGGUAUGCGCGUUAAAGCAGCUGAGGAGGCCGUCAAGAUCAAAGAUGUCGAAUCGGUAGAUAGAUUGAGAAAUGCAGCGGGGAUUGGGACAAUAGAGGGACGUGAAAUUGAAAGGAUUGGAGCUGGAUUGAAGAGAUGAAGGUUUGGGCACUCAUGUACAAGAGAGAAGUCAAAGCAAGCAGUAAUUAUUC